AUGGCGACUACCUGGUUCGAGAGAGGUCGGCCAGCUCUUUUCGAAGCUCUGUCGAAAGUUUGUGACCAAAUUGGGCGCGAUUUCCUCGAUGGUGACGUACAAGAUCCGAAAAGUUCAACUGUUCCUGCCGAGGACAAUGGUGUCGAAGAAAACGUCCAAAGGGCCUCCACACUUUCCGACCUUGUAGCGACGUUAAAGGCGGAAAAUGCAGCGUUGCGCAACGCGCUGGCACAUGUUCAGGCCGCUCGGCAACCUCCAAACGAGAUGGGUCAAUUGUCGGGCACAAAGCCACCUGAUGAUUCAUCAUCCGAAACAAGACCCCUCUGGUCCAACUUUCCAACAAGCUCCGCCACUUCAGAGGCACCGGAGGGCAAUGAAGGUCGAAAAGACUGCGAUAAAUGCGCCAAGAUCCUGAGGAGGUAUCGGGCAUUGUCCUCCAACUUCAAAACCGCCAAGGAGGCUCUGCUUCGGAGGAAAGAUGAGAGGAACAAAUGGAUACGGCAUGCAGAACUUUUAGGCAAGAAAAUUCGGGCCGCCGAAGAGCAGCACAGUAUACAAAUCGUGGACCAGAAAGCACGCCAGGUGGAAAUACCAUCCUCGACAGCCAUGGAAGCUGAUGACGCAGGACUGGAACCAGGCGACCCCGAGCUUAGCUUCGUGCUGGAGGACAAGGUUUCGGAUGACGAGCCGCAACUCCCACAACGCCCUCCAGCGAGAAAUGUCACGCCGGUGGUAGGGCCCAUUAUUGGUCCCGGGGCGAGCUCGCAAACAACGCAGGGUCAAGCAUCGGAUGACAUGUCCCCGCCCGACGCGAGUGCUCCAUCAAUCAUCGAAGAUGAUCACUCCACCGUUAAACAAGAGCCGUCGUCUGAUGCUCCAGAAAUCGUCUCGGAGCGGAAAGUGAGAAAGCGGAAACGAGCCGAUGAAGUGAUGGGUGAAAGCACCCUGCCGAUUAUCAAGUCCGAGUCGAACAAUCUUCGCAGCCCCAGCACGACAGCAAAUCCCGCCAAAUUUCACACGCAGGAAAGCAUCGACUUGGGCGACAUUGGCCAGAAAAUACAGACACCGCGGAAACGUCAGCUCUUGGAACAGAGAGUGCCCUAUACAGAACUUGCACAGCAAUCCAAGAUUUCGGUUCUGACGCCCGCCCAUUCCCAAACACAUCAGCAUGCGCAGUCGGCACAAGUGUCGCGUCAGACUUCUGCAUUGAUGCCUCUCGAUGCUAACGCGCGACCGACACGACCGAGCAGUAAAAACUUGUUCCUCAAGCAUCGGAGAGGACAGCUUGCUGAUCAAAUCGCAAGCCUGGCGGAGGACGGUGCAGACUAUGGAACAUGCCCAGCAGGUUUUCGGUUCAACAAUGCAGGUACCAAGUCGGCUAAAACAAGGCUGGACUCGCUUUUGAACCUAAGCUUCGUGGACGCGAGCGGGAUUGGCAAAAGUCCCGAGAGGAUCGCACCAUCGACGCCCUCUCGUCAGACGAACCCUGGUAUACCCGGACGUCGACGACUACCAUUUGAGAGUGAUGGCCAGCAAAGUACUAAAUCAGCAGCAGCUCAACGCCUCCAGAUUUCAAGACGAAACUUGGAAAUCAAGCCAUUGGCCGAUCGACCCCCGCCAACACAUCGGGUGGACGGACAGACACGAAGAUCCUUGCGCAGCACAUCAAUGUCGGAGCUUGGUCUAGAUGACUUCAAAAUCAAUCCCAUCGCCAACCAAGGCCAUGACUUUGCAUUCUCCGAAGUGGUCAGGGACAAAGGAGAGCGGACCUGCUUACCGGGCUGCGUCGACAUGCACUGUUGCGGCAAACACUUUAGAGAUCUUGCCAUUUCGCAAAAGGCCAUCCCGCCGUUGACACCGCAGCAACGACAGGAGGAGCAGAUACUCUUGGAGCGAUACCUGGGGUAUCAUGCCUAUCGGCUGGCGACGAUGAGCACAGAAGAGAGAGAUGAGGUCUGGAUUCAGGCGAAGACGGAAGAAUUAGCGAACAAAUACGGCAAGCAUAGACAGAGAUAUUCUCGAAUGCAGUCCCCUCCAGGCUUUUGGAACGCAGACUUCCCAGAUACCCAGCAACUGAAAGCCGAUCGAGAGGAGGCAGCGAAGAGGACAAGACAAGCAGUAGCAGAGCGUUAUCGCGAGGCCAUGAAGGUUGGAGGAAGGUGGAAGUUUGCGGAUGAGUAG